UACACAGGUUUCAUAUUUCACGCUUUCUGCCUAUUUUGACACGGGGCUUUUAAGGUAUUUAUUUUUCAUGAUUGUCAUGUUUUUAUAUAUUUUGAUUGUCUGUGCCAACCUUUUGCUGAUUGUGGUUAUCUGUGUGAACAGAAGCUUACAUGAACCUAUGUAUAUUUUUCUGUGCAGCCUGUUUGUAAAUGAACUCUAUGGUAGUACAGGGUUGUUUCCAUUCCUUCUGGUCCAGAUCCUCUCUGACAUUCACACUGUUUCUUCUUCUUUUUGUUUCCUGCAGAUUUGCUGUGUUUACUGUUAUGCAAAUAUGGAGUUUUGUAACUUAGCCAUCAUGUCUUAUGACAGAUAUCUUGCUAUCUGUUUUCCUCUGCAAUAUAACACACGUAUGACAUUGAAAAAAGUUGCCAUGCUUAUUGCUUUAACAUGGUUAUUUACAUUUAUUGAAGUUUCUGUUUUGAUAUCAUUGAGUGGUUCUUUACAGCUGUGUGGGAACAUCAUUAACAAAGUGUACUGUGACAAUUAUUAUAUUGUCAAACUGGCAUGUUUUGACACAACAGUGAACAACAUCUAUGGAAUUAUUUACACAAUUGCCAUAGUAGGUGGGGUUGUAGCUGUAAUCCUGUACACAUAUAUAAAGAUUCUCAAAGUGUGUUUUUCUGGCUCCAAACAGACGAGACAGAAAGCUGUCAGUACCUGCACACCUCACCUCGCUUCUCUGCUCAACUUUUCUUUCGGGGCUUUCUUUGAAGUAAUUCAGAGCAGGUUUAAUAUGAACAGUGCACCCAAUAUGUUGCGCAUUUUUAUGUCAUUAUACUGGUACAUGCCAACCACUCUUCAACCCUUUGAUGUAUGGACUUAA